AUGGAUGCUUCCCUGUGGGCAUUUCUCCUCAACAGUCCUGAAGGAUCUGUUCCUUUUCCUUGGGAACGCUGUUUUGAUCUUGUGACAGGAAUGCUGUUAUAUAAGAACAGACUGAAUGGCGCCGUAGUCCUAGAUUUAAGGCCUCGAGUGAACCUUGGGGGAGGCUUGUACAACGUAAGCACCGCGUGGCAAGACCUGACGGCCGGCAACCAAUACACGGCCGCAAGCAACGCGGUGCAGUGGACUCCUUCUCUGUUCCGCAGACAUAUUAAUGAACAUGAUCAAGACACUCCCAUUCUCAUUUGUACCAACUGCUGCACCAACCAACUCAUCUAUUUCCUGGUGCCCCAACUCAUCACUCACUGCCCCUUAUGUCGCCGCUUUAUGAAUUUCUUUGCUUAA